GAAGGAAUCUUUAAAGCGUCCGUCGCCCGUAUAAAAUGUCUCAGUACUCGACAGCCAGCGGCAACAUGAACGGCAUGAAGACACAGUCGCCGACACUGACCAUGGCGAACAAUGACAACGACCCUCUCCCCCUCGGCUGGGAAGUAAAAAUCGACCCACACACGGGAUGGCCCUUCUUUGUGGAUCACAACAAUCGUACGACAACCUGGAAUGACCCGAGACACGACACGAAAAAGGUCAGAGAAGUGUCAGCAAAUGGACCCAACAUACCACCAGAACCGAGCCCUCAGGAGCCACAGAAGAUCUUUGUUAGGGAGAUGAAGCACCCCAUCCUUCGCCCAGGUUACGUUCCCAUCCCGGUCUUCCACGAGGGCGCAGAGCUGAGGCAGCAGCCGCAGCAGCAUCCGUGUUAUUCCUACAUCCAGCCAGCCACUGCACAGAAUAUCCGGACAGACGGGCGGACGCCUUCCCCGACACCGGGGAUCCACUGCAGGCCGAGGUCACCUUUACACGGACCUUCAGACAACUGCUCCACUGAACCUGGAAAGGUCAGCUCACCUGUUUCACAAACACCAGAGGUUUACCCCACCCCACAUCACCAACCUCCACGGCCCAGCAGCACUGGUCUCCAAGCAGGUUACAUCCCCAUCCCGGUGAUCCACGAGGGGGGAGGAGGCCAAACACAAACACAGGCUCAGUUAAAUCCAUCUGCUUACUCUCAGCGCGUCCCCUUCUCAGAGCACCAGCAGCCCUUCCAUCGCCUUCAGACAGAUGAAUGGCCUGGUUACUCUGCAGCAAUGCAGCCUCCCCGGGAAAGAGCUUCUCCCAUACUGCUUCCCCAACAUCGCGACACUGCUUCUAUUCACCUCCCACCUCAUAUUAGGAGCCAGUCACCUAUUAUAACGCAGGUGAUUGGAGACAGACCACAGGUUCAGCAGCAUAUCCUCACAAGACCCCCACCAGAGAAAAUGGAGCAGGAACAACAAAGCACGCAGCAGAAACCUGAGAUCACGCAGCUCCCCCAGCCAUUGCACACAGAAGCCGACGUCCAGAAGCCUCAACAACCUCAACACUUCCAACAGCCUCCACCUCAGCAACCUCAGCAGUUCCAACAACCUCAGCAGUUCCAGCAGCCGCAAAUUUUCCAGCAGCCGCAACUUUUCCAGCAGGCACCACCUCAGACGUCUCCACAGCCUCAGCAGCCUGAGCAGUUAAUGCAGUCGCAGCAGCAACAGCAACAGUUCCAGCCUCCCCAGAAACCUGAGCAACCACAGCAACAUACUGCAGAUAUCACAGUUCAAAUACCUCCAAAGCAAGAGGCACAGGACAUGACCGCUGCUACCCCAGAGGUCCCACCUGUAAAGGUAGAGGCUGAACAGGCUGCUCAGUGCCCAAUGCACCCAGGCUUGGCUAAGGUACAGCAGAUAGUGGAACGGGUUGCUAAACUGGAGCAGGAGGUGAAAUGUUUUGACGGAAAGAAGAAUGACAAGAAGUACUUGCUGCUGGAGGAACUGCUGACCAAAGAGCUCUUAGCACUGGACUCGGUCGACCCAGAGGGUCGUGCAGAUGUGCGGCAGGCGAGACGGGAUGGAGUCCGUCGCGUUCAGACCAUACUGGAAGAACUGGAGCAACUGGAGGAGCAGCCAGCCAAGCCUGUAGGCGACGCCACGAUGGAGGGAGACAACCUGAUGCAGAAAGGAGAGCCCAGCAUGAUCACCAAGGAGAAUGUAGAGAUGGCAAAGGAGAUCUCAUAAUGACUGCACACUUCAUCAAGAGGAGAGAAGGAUAACCUGCUGUAUAUUUGAUAGUGAAGAAGUCUGCUCUGGCUAACUCUCCUCCUCUGUCUACAGCAUUUGUGGAAGUUGCAUGCAUUGAUUAACAGUGUUGGUAUUUCCUGCCAUUCAGCACAUAAUUGAUGGUAGCUCAGUGCAAUCAUUUUUUCAAGCCAAUGUUGUUGCCUUCUAUGUUGUGCCAACGUCUUCAUAACAAGACAGCUGUCAUGAUCGAGGUGUUGACAACAAUUUCUAGUCGAAUUAAAGUUUGAAUAAGAGGCCUUUAUCAAUAAAUGGAAGAAAACUAGAAGUAUUUUCUUAAGAAAUGUUAUGUGUAGUUGCCUUUUGUCUUGAUCAAAUAUUGUAUGGAGCUUUUCUUAAUCCAGUCAGCACAUCAGUUAGUACACGAGUGCAAACAUUGGGGCUUUAAAGCAGAACUCACUGCAGAACUCAGUCAACAGAAAAGCAUUUUCCCCUUUAUGGCCACACAGUCACGGCCAUGUUGGAGCUGCUUUGUCACAAAACACAGUGAAUAUGUUUAUUAGAUGCUGCUUUUUGGUGCAUUACUGAUUUUGCCAUCUUUGCACUUUGCCAUCAUUGAAAUGUAUCAUGCUGAAACUUCAGCAGCACUUCAUUUGAAAUAUAUCAGUUACACAAGUUUUGAUUGACGUGUUUGAGUGUUUGUAUGUGCAUUGGUUUACUUGUUAUUUCAUAACAUUAUAUCAGUAUUUAUAUCAUUAUAUAGUAUUUUGGUACAUUUAUGAAUGUGUAAUGACAUGGAGUUGAGGUGGCGUAUCUUACUUGAGAUGUGAGACAAUCAGCACUUAGUGCUAAUUAGGAAUCACUGUUUAAAGAUUGUCAGAAUGUCCUUGUUUAUCUACCAAAGCCACAAUCUGUAAUAACACGGACACUAAAAUGGCCUGAAAGCCUUAAAAAUGCCAACUGUGAGAAAAUGCCCCAUUCAUAAACAGAUGAAGAAAACUAAAAUCUGUUAUUUAAAAUGGCCAAAAAUUAUGUUUCUGAUUACCCUGAUUGUUUGUGUAGUAGUUUUUCACUGUAAUAAGCCAUCUGUGAGGCAGGGUCACUGCCUAACACGCAUUUACAAAUUAUGGAUCGUGGCUUAGUGUUGAUCACAGUUUAUGAGUAGCAGGCUGAUGCAUUGUUAAAAGCAAGUCAAUCCUGUUGGUACGGUUGAAAAUAAAAUGUAUUUGACAUGGA